AUGGCCCCCCAGAACCCUUCUCCCCUAGACUUUGCUGACAAGUCUUACAAAGUGUUGGAUUUAACUGAGUAUGCAAGAAGACGCCACUGGUGGAAUCGAGUAUUUGGCCACAGUUCGGGACCCAUGGUAGAACAAUACUCGGUAGCUAAGCAGAUUGUAAUGGGUGGAGUGACUGGCUGGUGUGCAGGAUUUUUAUUCCAGAAGGUUGGAAAACUUGCAGCAACUGCAGUAGGUGGUGGCUUUCGGCUCCUUCAGAUUGCCAGUCACAAUGGCUAUGUGCAGAUCGACUGGAAGAGAGUUGAAAAGGAUGUAAGCAAAGCAAAAAGACGGGUUAAGAAACGAGCAAAUAAAGCAGCACCUGUAACCAACAACAUGCCUGAAGAAGCAACAGAAUUUAUCAAACAGAAUAUUGUGGUGUCCAGUGGAUUUGUGGGAGGCUUUUUGCUGGCCUGGCAUCUUAAGACCUUGAACGUUCCAUCUUCAUGGAUCCAACCAUGA